CGAAAAAGAAAAAUAAAUAAAUAAAUAAAAGAGUUUCUUCUUCUUCAUCAGGGAUUCUGCCCCCAAAGGCCUCUGAAAGAGAAAAAGGAGGAGAGAGAAAAUGAAGACGACGAAGGGAGGGAAGGCGAUGAAUCCUACGGACGCUUAUCGAAAGGAGCUUCGAAAGAAGGAAUUGAAGCGGAAUAAGAAAGAAAGAAAGAAGGUGAGGGAGGUGGGUAUCUUGAAGAAGGAUCCCGAGUCACUGAAGGAACAGAUUGACAAGUUGAAUAUGAUGAAGGCUGAUGGUGCUCUGGACAAAGCGCGGAAACACAAGAAAAGACAGCUAGAGGACACACUCAAUCUUGUUCUAAAGAAGCGGAAGGAAGUCCAAGAUAAAAUGAAGGAGAAGGGUGAGGCUCCAGUUAUGUUCAGUCAUUUGGGACCACCUCGAAGACGAACAACUGCAGAAGAGGAAGAGAGAGUCAAGCAUCCUAAACCUGAAGAUUCCGUUUACUACCAUCCAACCCUGAAUCCUACCGGGGCCCCCCCACCCGGAAAACCUCCAAUGUAUAAAUCAUCAAUAGGGCCUAGAAUUCCUUUAUCUGAUGCUUCAACAAGUGGUGCCGCAUCAUCAUCAUUUACAGAAUCAGAAGAUGGCGCUUUUCCUGCACCUCCUCCACCUCCACCUCCACCUCCUUUGCCAGAUACUGCUAAUAAGGGAUCUGGUGAUGGCUCUGUUCUACCUGAGUCUUUGCCGUUACCUCCUCCACCUCCAUUGCCACCAAAGCCUCCAUCAACUAACUCUACUAUGUCUUUGCCACCUCCACCACCUUUGCCACCUCCACCUCCACCUCCUGGACCCCCACCGAAAGAGCAAAUUGCCGGUCACCCUUCACUUCCUCUCCCUCCACCCCUUCAACAGUCCACACUGCCUCCUCCUCCACCCCUUCAACAGUCCACACUGCGUCCUCUGCUUGGUACGGACAGAGAUAGAAAUCUAACUGUGUUUUCUGAUGAACUAACCUCAAAAGAGGCCAUACAGUUGUCUAAUGUACUUCCUCCACCUCCUCCUCCACCUGGGAUGCCUCCAAAGUCGGCAAGUAAUCAGUCUGAACAUCCUGCAUCUGAUGUUGAAAGCAAUAAUCCCUCACUGACCAAAGAUCUUCCCCAAAUUCCACCACCACCUCCACCAAGGCAACGGGCUCCAGUGCCUGGACCCAACCUAAUCCCAACUUUGCAACCUGAUGUAUUACCCCCUGGAAUAUCACAUUUUCCUCCACCCCCACCGCCACCAGAUAUGCGGCCAACAUUGUCCACUCCUGGACUCGCGAACCAACCUGCUCCCCCUGGAAUGAUGGUCCCUAUACUCCCCAGGCCGCCAUAUGGUCCUCUACCUGGACCUCCUCCAAUGAUGAGGCCGCCACUUCCACCUGGUCCUCCUCCUACCUUUGAGGAUGAUGAUUAUGCUGUAAACAGGUUUCCUGCACCACAGAAGCCAUCAUAUGUCAAAUCUGCCGCUCCUACUGUUGUUAAGAGGCCACUAGCACAACACACACCAGAACUUACAGCCAUGGUGCCUGCAUCUGUUCGUGUAAGAAGAGAGAUGACUGCCCCAAAAGCAAAACCUAAACCAUCACUGUCAACCACUGUGGCAGCCACAAAGCCAGUUGCUGCUGUUGUGAAGACAGAGGCAACUAACCCUGCAUCAGCAUCAAAGCCGCAGAGCAUUGACGACUCAUAUAUGGCUUUCCUGGAGGACAUGAAAGCGCUUGGUGCACUUGAAAGUUAAAAUCCCGAGAAGCUUUGUUGGAGCCCGUUGGAAAGAGGCGUUGUGCACUUGAAAGGAUACAAAGAUGUUCAUUCUUUGAAGUGGAACAGGGGAUUGACCAAAGAUAUUUAGGGUUUCUUUGAUUGUGUUAUUCAGAAACCUCUCUUGUACUAAUGCCGCUUGAGUUUACAAAUUUUUGAACUUUCUCUAUACGAGUUAUUUUUUAUUGGGCUAUUGCCC